GCGCAAAAAACCCACCCACAAACCCAAUUUCUUUCAAUUCACUCGCUAUGAAGUUAAGCAUCUUGCUCUUAGUGGCCACGGCCCUCGCCGCCCCCCUCGCCCCAGGGCAGGCUGAACAAUUGCCCUUUUUCUCUGACUUCGAACUCGCCGAAUUACCCGAACACCAGGUCCACCCCCACCGCCACCAUCCUUGGACCCAAUCCAAAAAAAUGGGUUUUUGGGACAAAUUCAAGUACCACUUCAAGCCCGAGAUCGACUCCGACCUGUUGCAAGCGUUAAUCUCCGAGGAAGCUCUCCUUAAGAAGGCCAAAAAGUUGUACGAGCUUGCUGAGAGGUCGACCGAAAAGUACGGCCAUCCUACCAGAGUUAUCGAUUCUCCUGGUCACUGGGCCACCAUUGAUUAUAUAACUACCCAGUUGUACAAGUUAGGUGGCUACUACAAUGUCAGUGUGCAGAAGUUCAAGGCUUUGGACAGCAAAAUUAGCGCUUUUUCGUUGUUGGUUGAUGGAGAAGAACCCAAGUCCUUACAGCCUUUGCGUUUCACUCCUCCCACACCCGACUCCAAGCCCGUCCACGGCCAGUUUGUGUUGGUGAAGAACUACGGGUGCAGUGUGGAAGACUUCCCGGCCAACUUGACGGCCGGCAACAUCGCUUUGGUUGAAAGAGGUGUUUGUGCAUUUGGAGACAAGUCUGCCAACGCUGCUGCUGCUGGUGCCGUUGCUGCUGUCAUCUACGAUAAGGAACCCUUAUCUGGAACCUUGGGUGCCCCUGAAAAGGGCAUUGUUUACGUGCCUACUUUGUCGAUUACCACUGCUGAUGCUGAGAAAUACAUUGAAAAGUUGACGGAGGACCCAGCAUUCAAGUUUGAAGUCACCGCCUAUGUUGACUCGUACGUCAAGUACAUCAAGACUUUGAACGUGGUUGCUGAAACGGUGUUUGGAGACCACGACAACGUUGUGUCAUUGGGGGCCCACUCGGACUCGGUGACCGAAGGGCCUGGGAUCAACGACGACGGGUCUGGAACCAUUUCGCUCUUGGAAGUGGCUAAGGCCUUGACCAAUUUCAAGAUCAAGAAUGCCGUCAGAUUCGCCUGGUGGGCUGCUGAAGAAGAAGGACUUUUGGGUUCUACUUACUAUGCCGAGAGCUUGAGUCCAGAAGAAAACGCCAAACUCAGGUUGUUUAUGGACUACGAUAUGAUGGCGUCUCCCAACUUCGAGUACCAGAUCUAUGAUGCCAAUGAUGUGGACCACCCCAACGGAUCCGGUCACUUGAAGGACUUGUACAUUGAUUUCUACAAGUCCAAGGGCUUGAACUAUACAUUUGUGCCCUUUGAUGGUAGAAGUGAUUACGUUGGUUUCAUCGAUGCGGGCAUUCCAGCCGGUGGAAUUGCUACUGGAGCUGAAGGUGUCAAGACCCCAGAAGGACAGGAGAAGUUUGGCGGAACUGUGGGUGAGUGGUUUGACCCUUGCUACCAUCAAUUGUGUGACAAUAUUGAAAAUGCCAGCUUCGAAGCUUGGGUUGUCAGCACCCAAUUGAUUGGACACUCGGUUGCUACAUAUGCUAAGAGUUUUGACGGGUUCCCAGAAAGAGAGUUGUCUUCGGAGUCGGUUGGUGCCAACCACUUCAAGUACCGGGGAGCCUCGCUUAUUGUUUAACGUUUUGAACUGUUGACUAGCUAGACUGGAUACGCCGAAUAGAUCGACUCUAUCG